CCUCCCCAAAUCCGUCGCCGGCCGGAGUGCCGCCGCCUCCGCCGCCGUGGCUCUCCAUGAAGACGAGGCAUAUUCUCUCCUCCUCCCGUCCAACCUCGUCGCGUCAUCCCGUGCGGACCGUAGGUUCAGGUCAAGGUUAGUGAGCAUGGGGAGGAGGCGACUGCCGACGGCCGGCCACCGUGGGAGGAGGAGGAGCGUUGGGCUUUCUCAUCGGCGCGUCUACGUAGACCCCCACGCCGGCGGCGAGUGCAUUGACGGCGGGCGCGGUCGAGCGGGAGGGACGCCGGCCGACCGGCUGCUGCUGCUACGGGGGUCUUUUCACGACUUGGCUAUUAUUCUGCACCAGAUCCUCUUCAUCUUCUCCACUAAGCAAACACUAGAAUAAAAGAUGGAGUUAAUCUUCCUUUUAAGGAACGGAUCUGCUCCAUUCCUGUAGUCUUCACCGUAACCAGCGCCCCUGCUCUAGGUGCCCUCGGAAAAUCAGUUUGCUGGAGGGAUGAAUUUGAAGCACCUGCCGUCGACACACGUCGUACCGGCCCCAUGUCAUUACCACCAUCGUUUUGGACAGGGCGAUGAAAUGCGGAUGAAGCAUCGACCCGAAGCUUCCCCGAGCGCCGAUGAAACACUACACGACGUUGUGCCUCCAGGUCGUGUACGCGCUGUGCGGGCUGCGGCCAAAGCUGCGGUGCCAUCUCUGGCCGAUGCCCGCUGGAUCAAGAACAAGUCCCCCCCUGCUUUGUUUCCUUCGACAGUGAUGAGUAGCAGAUUCGGCCGCAAGCUACUUGACGAUUUGCGGCAGAUUGCAAUUGCUAUUUGUGCUUUCUUCCUGCAUAGGUCACUUGUUGGUCACGUUUGUAGGUUUCAAGAUGUCAACCAGCAGGUUUGCAACCUCCCUGCGGACUCUUCAGCAAUGUUCGGAAAACCGAUGCCUCCUAGAAAGCGGCCAAGAGCCGCCCUUGGUCUCUAAGCAUCUUCAGCCGAGGCGUGCUGC